AUGGAAGUGAAAGCCCUGAAGAAGCUCUCGGCGCUCUUCAAAUGCGGAGAAAUCCUGCUGGGGAUCCUGGCGCUGGCGCUGUUCCGCUGGGCGUUGGGACUCGCGAGGGAACUCCUGAUAGAAGCGACGAUGGGCCUCCCGCCCGACCCGGGCCUCUACGCCAUCACCUUCAACCUGGACGAAGGCAUCGUGAUCGUCGGGACCCUGCUGGGGCUGUUCCUCUCCACCCUCCCGUUCCCCUUCGCGCUGCUCCUCGGUCACGAUCCGGGCCCCUUGGAAGUGGUGCACGGAGGAGUGUGCGCCUUGUUCUACGCUGUCACGGGAGGUCUGAUCAUCAACAACGUGACCUACAUCCCCCAGACGCAGCUGACGCGCGUGGUCCUCACCUCGGGGAUCUUAUGCCUCCUCCUCAGCCUGGUCUUCAUCGUGGACAUAGUCUUCAUCGGGUUGAAGUGGCGCAGGAAUAAGGGACAGACCCGAAGAAAUCAGGAUUUCCGUUUCUCCUACGAUACACCGAAGAAGCCGGAUGGACUGCUCUUCCGCGGAAUCGACUUGGACUUGGGCCGAGUAGAUCCUCUUAUUAUCUUAUUUCAGUUCGCGGCGUCCUCGCGCGCGCGGCCGCCACAGGCCACCGAGUGCAUCCCCUCUGCCCUCCAGCUGAUGGGGUUCCUGGCGCUCUCGCUCUACCGGGGAGCGGAAUCACAGUACACCCAAUACGAGUAUUCUCUGAGGAGCGUGGACGAGUUCUACGUGGUGGUCGGGACGCAGGUGGGGAUGUUCUUGUCCACACUCACCUUCCCCUUCGCCUAUCUUCUCGGCCACGAUCCCAGUCCAAUCGACCCAGGGAAGAUCCCGGCACGAAGCAUGUCGUUCACGGCGAACGAAGAACGGCCUUCGAAGAGCAUUCGCGUGAAAUCGGGUGGAGGGCGAUUCCCGCACGCCUUUGUGCGUCUUCCGGGUCGGGAAUGGAACGGCCGCGGUUCGUCGCCGGUGAUGAUGCGAUUCGACGCGGUCGUCGUCGCUGACGUUCUUCGGCUCCGUCCGGUCGGCACGUCUUCUGUGAGCACGGUCCGACAGGAUCCUGCGACGUGUCGGCGUUUUGACGUGUCGGCCGCCGUCUUCAACCGACUGGACGUGAUCCACGGCGGUCUCUGCGCCCUCUUCUACCUCGCCACGGGGAGCUGCCUCAUGGACACGGUGGUGAAUCAGCACCGAAGCAAGGUCAUGCGCCUCAUCCUCACCUCGGGCAUUUUCUCCUUCUUCCUCAGCCUCGUCUUCGUCGCGGACGUGGUUUUCUUGGCGUUCAAGUUGCACCGGACCACCGGAUAGGUCCGGACCACCGGAUGGAUCCGAAUCACUGGACACUGAUCACUGGAUAGGUCCGGAGGAAUCGCGGUCCCUCUCGCUCCUGCCUUAGGCGUCGCUGCAACUUCGUGCGAAUUUUUCAUGUUUCAAACUUCAAUUUGUUUCCUGAUAAAAGAUUCGAUGAAACCAA